AUGGUACUCAAUUCUAUAAUAAAUUAUUUCAAAGCAAAACAUGAAGAACAUUAUCAUCAUAAAUCAUCAUCACAUUUAUCAAAAAGAUUAACAGCAUUAAUAAUAUCAGUAUUUAUAUCAUUAGCAGCUGGAACUCCUUAUCUUUAUGGAGUUUAUUCUCCACAAUUAAUUAAAAGAUGUGGUUUAACAACAUCAGAUUCAGCAACUAUUUCAUUAGCAACAAAUUUAGGUAGUGGAUUAGGUGGAUUACCAGGUGGUAUAUUAAUUGAUCAUUUUGGUCCACAAUUUGCAAUAUUAACUGGUUCAAUAUGUAUAUUUAUUGGAUAUUUUGCAAUGUAUGAAAUAUAUGAACAUAAAAUUAAUAAUUUAUUAUUUAUUUGUAUUUCUAUGAUAUUUGUUGGAUUUGGUUCAAUAACAAGUUAUUUUGCAACUUUAAAAGCAAGUCAAGCUAAUUUUAUAAAACAUAAAUCUGCAGCUGGUUCAUUACCUGUUUCAGCUUAUGGAUCUGGAGCUACUGUUUUUUCAAUAAUUUCAGCAACGUUUUUCAAUAAUAAAACUGGAGAAUUAUUUAAAUUCUUGUCUUUAUUUUGUGGAUCAAUUGCUUUUAUUGGUUCAUUUUUCAUUCAUAUUUAUGUAAAUGAAGAUGAUGAAGAAAUACAAAAGCAACAAGAAGAUUUAGAAAGAUUUCAUGCAUUACCUCAAAAUGAACAUAUUGUUGAUUCUGGAAGUAGUAGUCAAGGUUUAACAACUCCAGAAGAUGAAUCAUUAUUAAAUGAUAUUGAAGCACCAGAACAAUCAUUAACAAGAGAAGAUUCAUUAAAAGGUUCAAUUUCAUAUUGGGGGAUAGGCAAUAGAACACCAAGCUCUUCCAUUAGCUUACAAGAAAAUGAAGCACGUAAUAUAAUUGAAAAUUUGAGAAAAAAUAAAGAUAAAGUAAAAGAUGAAUUAAAAACUCCAUAUCAAACUUUAAAAGAACGUCUUACUCAUAAAAUUUUCUUAAUACAUUAUUUUGUUGUAUCAAUGGCUGCAGGAAUUGGUCAAAUGUAUAUUUUUUGUGUUGGAUUUAUCGUCAUUGCUCAAUUUUAUUACAAAAAGCAUAACGAUGAUGAUAGUGAUAGUGAGGAUGAAAAAGAUCAUAUUGCAUUACUGUUAAGAUUAAUCACUGCUUUAACUCGUGAUCCAGAAGCAUCUUCAUUACAAGCUUUACAGGUUUCUAUAAUAUCCAUAGCAUCAUUUAUUGGUAGAUUAUUAUCUGGAUUUCUUAGUGAUUUUAUUCAUAAAAAAUGGCAUAUUCAAAGAUUAUGGAUAGUUCAAUUUACAAUUGCUCUUUUAUGUUUAGGUCAAUAUUUAACAAUGAUUAAUGUUUCUUCAUUUCAUGGAACAUCAAUAAAUUCAGCAAUAAUGGGUGGAUCAUAUGGUUUAAUAUUUGGUACUUAUCCAGCAGUUAUAGCUGAUCAAUUUGGUACUAAAACUUUUUCAACAAAUUGGGGUCUUAUAUGUACUGGACCAUUAUUAAUUUUAUAUUUAUUAAAUAAAUAUUUUGGUUGGAUUUAUGAUUUAAAUACUGAUAAAGAUACUGGAAUUUGUUAUUUAGGUAAUGGCUGUUAUAUGGGAGCUUUUGAAGCAAGUUUAAUAUUAUGUAUAGUUGCAUUUUUUGUGACUGGAAUAUUGAUUUAUGUACUGAGAAAGAAGUAG